CCGGGCAAUUGCCAAAUUGUCUCCGUUACUGUGACGAAGAGAUAGGCGAAGCCAAGACGGGAAACUUUGUGUUUUUUUUUUCAUUUGUUUUAAAGAAACGAGUGACUGCUAUUUUCACAAUUUAGAUGUUACUUCGUAAUCGCCUCUACACAAACUUUACUUAAGGCUAUGGUAUAUCGAUAUGUGUGGAUUGGCUACAUAAUAACACGGGGAGAUGUUUAAAUUCCGGUAAUCCUAGUUUAUUAUGUGUCGUUUUCCCGAGCGCUGGUGAGGGAUACGCAUUCACACAGCACUUGGUGUGAACGUUGCAAACCGAACACUCGACGGACUGGAGCGUCGGUUCAUUGUUUAUAAACACUGAUAUUCUCCCUCCAAGAAAACCAUCGGCUUUAUUGAUGCACCCGUUUCAGUGGUGUAACGGGUGCUUCUGCGGUCUGGGCCUGAUUUACUCCAAUAAAUCCUGCACCAUGCCCCCCAUCACCUUCCAGGACCUGCCCCUCAACAUCUACAUGGUCAUCUUCGGCACCGGCAUCUUCGUCUUCGUCCUGAGCCUGAUCUUCUGCUGCUACUUCAUCAGCAAGCUGAGACACCAGGCCCAGAGCGAGAGGUUUGGAUACAAGGAGGUUAUAUUGAAAGGAGAUGCCAAGAAACUAAAUCUUCAUGGGCAGACGUGUGCCGUUUGCCUGGAGGAUUUCAAAGUGAAAGAUGAACUCGGAGUGUUGCCAUGCCAACAUGCCUUCCACAGGAAGUGUCUGGUGAAGUGGCUGGAGGUGAGGUGCGUGUGCCCGAUGUGUAACAAGCCCAUCGCCGGGCCGCCCGAGCCGCACCAGAGCAUCGGUACCCUGCUGGACGAGCUGGUGUAACCGCCGGCCCUCAGAGAGAAAGCUCUGCCCAACACACGACACCCGUGGAGAAAUCUCUGCCCAACACACGACAACCGUGGGGAAAUCUCUGCCCAACACACGACAACCGUGGGGAAAUCUCUGCCCAACACACGACAACCGUGGGGAAAUCUCUGUCCAACACACGACACCCGUGGGGAAAUCUCUGCCCAACACACGACAACCGUGGGGAAAUCUCUGCCCAACACACGACACCCGUGGGGAAAUCUCUGCCCAACACACGACACCCAUGGAGAAAUCUCUGCCCACCACACGACAACCGUGGAGAAAUCUCUGCCCAACACACGACAACCGUGGGGAAAUCUCUGCCCAACACACGACAACCGUGGGGAAAUCUCUGCCCAACACACAACACCCGUAGAUAAAUCUCUGCCCAACACACAACACCCGUGGAGAAAUCUCUGCCCAACACAUGAUGCAGUGCUAUGGGACUCCUCAGCCCACACGCCCUUCUGCCCGCGAUGACGUCCCGUCUGUCUCAGAAGGACUUGCUACCGAUUCAGAACAAAACAGAAGUGAAGCGCCCGGAAAAACAUCAGAGUGAGGGAAUUCUUUCCCCGUAAUGAGAGCGACUGGGGAUCCGUCUGCCAGACUCUUGGUGUAGCGUUGGGUGUGAAAGGAGGGGGAUCGUGCGUCUGUGUGGCAUACUUUAUGUGGGCUGGAGGCGCCGGGCUUGAUCCAACGUGAGGGUUGCUUUCUACUUUUGUUAUUUAUGUGAAAUGGACCAGGGCUAAUGCUAAUACAUUUGAAACAAUGUUUACAAGAUCUUCUAGCACAAACCACUCCGCGUCAAAGAAAAGUGACUUCAAAAUUUUUUUUGAAGCCUUUUUGUUUGAUAGCCCUUAACCAACAAUUUUAUUUCGUAUUCAGAUUGUAAAUCUGACUGAAAUGCAAGCCAAGUGUGUACUUUUGGCAUCUCGGUUGCUUACUGAGAUGUAAAUUUUUAUUCAAAGUAAAAUGGUCAAAUUUUACAUUUUUAGACUUUCUUGCAUUUGCACUGUAAAUCUUCCAUGUGUCCGGAAGCCAGUGUUCCAUGAAUCCCAUCAAGUGUUUUCAGGUAAAAUCCCAGAGAAUGAGAGAACAAAAACCAUAAGGUGACCAAUGGGCACAAUAUCCAGAGCCCCAUCUGUGGUACACAACGAUGCCCUUUCGAUGGGGUUUUAAGUGAAGAGACUGGAGAUGGAGCUUGCAUUGAUGUUCUGUGACUAAAGGGGAUGUAAGAGUCUCAGUCUUUGAGACUGAUGGUGUCAAUGUGAGUGUUAUCAAAACUGGCUUUUAAAUCUGUGCAUCAUUUUGAUGUUGACUCUAAAUGUUUUCUUCUUAAGUGUCACACCCUGUAUUUUAUUCACAGUCAAACAGGUGAAUAGUGAAAUUGCUGAUCUGCUGCUAAUAAGCAAACACUGCCCAGGUAGAGCACAGAAUUCACUGUUUCAAAGGGGUAUUUCUACUGUUACCAAGUUGUAAGUUAGGUGAUGUAUUUAUAUGUUAGUAAAGGAUGACUUGCCAUGUACAUUAGCAGCAUACAGAAUGAACAGUUUUAUAUGUGGUUGCUUACAGCAGUGUGGUCAUAAUCAGAGAUCAAUUGGUUGAGCCAAAUGGGAAGUUCUUUAAAAGGGAUCUAUUGAUAUAUUAUUUAAUCUAUUGUGAUAACCAAUACCUUCCACCUCACUCCAAAAUGCCAACCAUUAUGAAUGUGAAUUCAUAAAAUGACCAGAUAGUUUAAGGUGUAGUUUAUGAAGUAAAUGUAGGUACUGAACAGUGGCUAAACUGCCAACCACAAUCCUGGAAAAGCAAAGUGUCUUCUAUUUAGCUUUAUUAUUAACUGUACAUACUUGUACCUUUAUACUCUUAGAAUUGCAAUCCCUGGUGUAUUCAGUUCUCCAGAGAUUUACAGAUAACCCAGAAAAUAUGCAAGAUUGGGAAUCCCCAUGAUUGUGGUUGGCCCUUCAAAAGGAAAUGACACUGAUCAACACUAUGACAUGUAUAUAUGUACUUAGAGAUGUCAAGGAAAAUGGCAAUACCCACCAGCAAAGUGCCUGAAGUUUAUAAUGCAUGCAUUUUUGUGUCAACCUUACCUGGCCAUACAGAGAAAUAAAAUGUAAGACUGCAAAA